UUCAAAACUGAAACUAAAAACAAAACUAAGCGGCUAGAACUAUAGCCACAAUAACCGAAUGAGGUCACUCGAAGUCAUAACAGGCUUGGAGCUAUUUGUUCCUUCGCUUUGAGUGGCUUAAGAGAGUAGAACCCGUGAUGGUCAUGAGAAGAAGUAUGUGUGUGAGAAAAAAAGGAGAGGGGGAGAGAGAGAGAGAGAAGAGAGAGAAGGAAAAUAACUGGGCUGCAUUCACUUCUUUCUUUCUCUGCUCAAGUGUGUGCCUGUAAUCAAAUUAUCCAAUUCAGGAGUCAUGCCUCGUGGGGACUUCACUGUUCAUUUUGCAAGCAGAGGACGUGGCAACCUCAUCAGAGCAGAGGAAGCCGCUGGAAUCGCUUUCCUGGCCAUUGUCCUUACAGCACUGUUCUUUCUUGGCUGCUGGUACUACCGCAAACGCAGUGGGUAUAGAAUGAUCCAGAACUCCAGAGGCCCGAGUCUAUCCUGGAGGGGACUCAUGAGAUCAGGGCAGUACAGUGAACUAGGGGCAGGAGGAGAUAAUAAAAUGGCCCUUAAUGAAUUCAGCAACACCCAAUCUGCGUUCCCAAAUGCACCACCAGCCUAUGACAAGAUUACAGCUGGAUCAUCACCACCACCUUACUCACCCUAAAGAAGAAGAAUCCAAUCAACCUUAUUUGUUUUAACCUUCUGUGGGAUUUUGUCAUUUAAAUGGUGCGAGAGACGUAAACAACAUCAAUAAACAAACUCAUAAAAAUCUGAACCCAUCUAUUAAAACCGGUGCUGUUUAGUUUACCGUCUUGGACUGAAAACCCAUUUACGAAUGUGUUUUUUUUAAAUGCGAAGACUGAAAAGGAAAAGAAAUACGUUGUGUAUCAAUGUCAAAGUUCUACGAAGGAUAAAAUAUGUAACCUGUAUGUCAGCAAAUCAAAACCGUACAGGAGGUGUAUUAACGAUUAGCAUUUGUUUUAGCUUAGUGCCAAUUCACAACUUUUAAAAUCCUGAUGCGUUCGCACUAACGACAGUGUCGCAGCAUUUCUUACAGCUUUUGAUAUUAAUUUCUUUGAAAACAAGUUCAUCACUUGGGAAAGUGGUAUAUCUUAGUAAUCAAGGAUACUUCAGCCAUCUCAAGAUAUAACUCAGACCAACAAUAUAUAUUUAACAAACCCUGCAGAGAUUAGCUCAGGCGAACUAGCAGUGGUGUUUAAAGUGUUCAAUCACACUGCAUGUGCUUUCUAUUACUUACAGCGCUCUCUCCUAAUACACACACUCGUUCUUCGCUCGACUUUUCGAAUGCGUUUUUUCCACACGCGCUUCAAAUGAAACAGUGUUUCCAAUCCGUUGUGUUGAUCUGGUGUAAACCUUAUUAAAGUUAAUAUAAAAACCUUGCUUCUGAACUCAUUGCUGAAUAAACAAUAAAAUCCCAAAGCACUGGAUUUAUUUCCAAACUCCGA